AUGGCAAUCGACAAGCUUAACACCAAGCUCGACGAAUGGUGGGAAGUCAUGCGCAACCUCAAGCUCGACUCGCCCCAAGAAGAGUGGGACAAGUUCACCUCGUAUCUCAACCCCGACGCAGUCGUCAACCUUAGCGGAAUGGCCGCGCCGCCCGCCCGAGGCAUCGCUGACACUGUAGUGGAAAUGAAGAAGUUGAUGGGCUUUUGGAGCCUCGUCGAGCGCAGGGUCUUGGCCCAAGGCACGGAUGCGGCCGGGAAGACGGCCUUUUGCAAUAUGGACAAUCGGCUGCUGAUUCUUGGGGAGGAGGUCGACGUUCCGGAGACGGAGGUGGUGACGUUUGAUGACCAGGACCGGAUUCUCGAGUAUAAGCUGUACUGUGAUCCGACGCCUCUUCAGCCGAUUUUCGACAAGAAAUCUGCUGCUGCUUGA